AUGGUCAAUAAUACGGGAACAGAAAAAAAUAAAAAAAAACAACGACAAGAAGAUAAUGAUGAUGAUGGUUAUAGAAGUCAAACACAACAACGUAGUCAAAUGAUGAUUACAGAUGAUGAUGCUGAAAUGCGUUUAAGAGUUCGUUUAGAUUAUCGUCAAUUUAUUGAUGAUCUCAAUACUAAUCGACAAUUAUAUACAGCACCAGAUAAUGAUGAAUUAGAAAAAAAGAUUGAUCAAGUUGAUCAAGCAUUUGCUAAAGUUAAAAUGCCUCGUGAAGGUGUACUUGAUGCUUCAACAUUACGUACUAUAUCAAAUUUAGCUAGUGUUCGAAUUCGUGCUGUUGAUGAAGCUGGUAGUUUAGAUCGUGCUUAUGAUUUUGCACGAAAAUGUGAAAAAAUUUUAUCAAAAUUAGUUGGUAGUGCAAAUGAAUUCUAUGAAAUAUUUGGAAAUUUUCAUCAUAUUGUUCCAUCAUGUUCUAUGAUGAAUGGUCGUUUACCAACAAAAUUAUUUACUAAUGAAUAUCAAGAAAAACAAAAACAACGUGCAAAACCUGUUCGACAACAAAAAUUAACUCAAGAAGAAUUAGAAAAAUCACGUACACGACCUGAAGAAGUAAAAGAAUUUAAUUCUGAACUUGGUGAACAAACAAUAAAACAAAUAAUGCAUAUAAAACGUUGUCUUGUUGAACGUUAUAAAGCUGUAGAUUCAAGUCCAAUUGAUUAUUUUGAAUUUGUUAUUGAUCCAAAAUCAUUUGCAAAAACUGUAGAAAAUAUGUUUCAUGUAUCUUUUCUUAUUAAAGAAGGAUUUGUUAAUCUUUUUCAAGAUGAUGUCAAUUUACCGGCACUUGAACCAACAAACAAGGCUAUGAAUCGUAUGGCAAGUAGUAGUAGCUCAACACAAACUGAUGAUUCAUCUGAACGUGCUAAUCAAAUGAUUAUGUCUAUUACAAUGGAUGAAUGGGAGCAAUUGAUCGAAGUAUAUGACAUAACUGAAGCACAAAUUCCACCCAAGAACCAUUGA